AAUUUUCAUCCUGUAAUCAUGAAUGGCAUUGGCUGUCCAGAAGAGGGAGCCUCACUGUGCUUUUAUUGUGCCCUUAAACUUUAAGUCUUGUGGUCAAUAGAAGUGUGAGGUGGUCCAGCGGGGGUUGGAAUGAGCAGGGUGAUGAUAAUGGGGAGGAGGAUGGAGAAGAGGAGGACUAGAAGGAUGAAGAGGGGGAGUGUGUGAGUGAAUGUGUGUGUGUGUGUGUGCUGGAGUUAGUGCUGGAGGCUGCUGCAGGCGUGUUUAGCUCUGGUCCACAGUGUGAUUGUGUGUGUGUGUGUGUGUGUGUGAGAGAGAGAGAAUCUGGAGAGUCCUGCCUGUCUGUCUAUCUCUAUCUAUCUGUCAGUGGGAGGAGGAUAUUAGGGGGGUGUGGUAGUUAAUAGAAGCUGAAAGACCUUGUAGGACCUUGGUUGGUUUAUUAUUAGUGAGUUUUUUAUUAUUUUUUUAGGACUGGGAUAUAGACUCCAUCCUUUCUCACUCUCUCUCACUCUCUUACACACACUGUGAGUGAGUGUGUGUGUGUGGCAGUGUGUGAGUGUGUGUGUGUCACUCUCCUCAGCCGCAGCAGACUGGCGGGUUGCUGCUCGGGCAGGAUGGAUGAGAAACCCCGGGAUGAGAGCAGCAGCAGCGGCAGCGCUAAAGGACACGACACGCCGUCCUACCAGCGGAGGAUGUGGAGGAAUUUCCAGGAGAAAACUAAGCCGUUUUUGAGCCCCAAGCUGGGCUCGGAGAGGCGCGGGGUGGACGGUGGAGGGGCUGGAGGAGGAGGAGGUGGUGGUGGAGGAGGCAGUAAGAAGGAGACAGGUCUGUGGAUGUUCAAGCGGAAAAAGAAACAGGCGCUGGACCGGGUCUUCUCGUCCUCCCAGCCCAACCUCAGCGCCUCUCCCUCGCCGUCUCUGACCGCUAAAGCCGAGCUCAGCCCCGCCGCGUCCGGAACGCCCGGAGCCGCCGGAGGAGGAGCAGGAAGAGCCGCGGUUACCAAGCCCCAGCUGCCCGUCUCGGCUCACGGCAGUCCGCAGCUCACCGUAGCCCACCUCGCUCUGUCCCAGCAGCAGAAGAGCUCGUCCCUGGGCUCGGCGUGCUUCGAGAAGCUGGUGGUGGAGUCCGCAGCCUCCAGUGAGGAUGAGCUGGCCAAGAACGCCAGUGACUCGGGCAUCAACAUUGUGGGGCCGAGUAAUGCAGACCCGCCUGCCCCUUCCCACCCCGGCAUGUACCAGCUGGACAUUGUGCUGAAGAAAGGGAAUAAUCUCGCCAUCAGGGACAGAGGAGGCACCAGUGACCCUUAUGUGAAGUUUAAGAUCUCGGGGAAAGAGGUGUUCAGAAGUAAGAUCAUCCAUAAGAAUCUGAACCCGGUAUGGGACGAAAAAGUCAGUCUGCUGGUGGACAAUCUAAGAGAGCCUUUAUAUGUCAAGGUCUUUGACUAUGACUUUGGGCUGCAGGAUGACUUCAUGGGCUCUGCAUAUCUUUAUCUGGAGUCCCUGGAACAUCAAAGGACCCUGGACGUGAGCCUUGACCUGAAGGACCCUCACUACCCUGAUCAUAACCUGGGCUCGCUGGAGCUGGCAGUCACCCUCACUCCUAAAGAAGGAGACAUCAGAGAAACUACCAUGCUUUUGAGAAGGAGCUGGAAACGAUCCAGUAAGCAUCAGAGUCUGAGGUUAUCAGAUGUCCAUAGGAAAGCCCAGCUAUGGAGAGGAAUCGUCAGCAUCAGUUUAAUCGAAGGUCGCGACCUCCAGCCCAUGGACGCUAACGGCUUUAGUGACCCUUAUGUCAAAUUCAGAAUGCGACACCAAAAAUACAAAAGCAAGACGAUAAACAAAACACUAAACCCUCAGUGGAGAGAACAGUUUGACUUCCACUUGUACGAUGAGCAGGGCGGCUUUAUAGAUAUCACAGUGUGGGAUAAAGAUGCCGGCAAGAAGGAUGACUUCAUGGGCAGGUGUCAAGUGGACCUCUCGCUCCUCCCUAAAGAAUGCACACACAGGCUGGACCUCACGCUGGAGGAGGGCGAGGGCACACUGGUGCUGCUGGUCACCCUGACCGCCUCCGCCGCCGUCUCCAUCUCAGACCUGUCAGUCAACAUGCUGGACGACCCGCACGAGAGGAGAGAGAUCCUCCACAGAUACAGUCUGCUGAGAUCUUUCCACAACAUUAAAGACGUGGGCGUGGUCCAGGUGAAGGUCAUUCGGGCUGAAGGACUGAUGGCAGCUGAUGUUACAGGCAAGAGUGACCCCUUCUGUGUCGUGGAGCUCAGCAACGACCGCUUGCAGACACACACAGUCUACAAAAACCUCAACCCAGAGUGGAACAAAGUCUUCACAUUCAACGUGAAAGACAUCCACUCCGUGCUGGAGGUUACAGUUUACGACGAGGAUCGGGACCGCAGCGCCGACUUCUUAGGCAAAGUGGCCAUUCCUCUGUUGAGCAUCCAAAAUGGUGAACGGAAAGCUUACGCCUUGAAAAGCAAGGAGCUGACAGGGCCAACAAAAGGGGUCAUCUUUCUCGAACUAGACGUGAUUUAUAAUGCUGUGAAAGCUGGUCUCAGGACGUUGAUCCCCAUCGAGCAGAAGUACAUCGAAGAGGAGCCUCGAGUUUCUAAACAGCUGCUGUUGCAGAACUUCAACAGAGUGAGGCGCUGCAUCAUGUUCCUCAUCAACGCUGGCUGCUACAUCAACAGCUGCUUUGAGUGGGAGUCUCCUCAGAGGAGCAUCUGUGCCUUCCUUCUCUUCGUAGUGGUGGUGUGGAACUUUGAGCUCUACAUGAUCCCACUGGCUCUGCUGUUGCCCUUGGCCUGGAACUAUAUCCUCAUCUACUCGGGAAAGGACACCAGACAGGGAGACGUGCAAGCAGUGGAGGACUUGCUAGAGGAUGAAGAUGAAGACUACGACAGGGAUGACAAGGUGCCGGGCUCUGUCCCCUCCCAUGACGGUCGGCUGCCCGAAAGCCAUAUCCUUGAGGAUAUUUUGGCUUCCUGGCACUUUGAGUGGAUUCGCGUGAUGGUGGACUCGGAGAAAAAAGGCUUCAUGAACAAGCUGUAUGCCAUUCAGGAUGUGUGUAUCAGUGUGCAGAGUGCACUGGAUGAAGUGGCCUCCUACGGCGAGAGGAUAAAGAACACCUUCAACUGGACUGUGCCUUUUCUCAGCUGGCUGGCCAUAGUGGCUCUGUGUGUAGCCACGAUUAUACUUUACUUCAUUCCCCUCAGAUACAUCGUCCUGGCCUGGGGGGUGAACAAAUUCACGAAGAAGCUGCGGGACCCGUACACCAUCGACAACAACGAACUGCUGGACUUCCUCUCCAGAGUGCCCUCUGAUGUCCAAGUGGUGCAGUACCGAGAGCUGAAACAGGAUCCCAGUCACAGCCCAAAUAAAAGAAAGAAAAAUAACCCGGGGUAGCGCUCUUCUUCCUCCUCCUGUGUACCUCCCCCACCGAACUUGUGAACUUUAGCACGCCAAGGAGAAAAACACUGGUCUGGACUGGCUAGAUGUUUCUGGUCUGCCUUUCUUUCUUUCCUUCCUUUCUUCUUUCCUUCUUUCUUCUUUAAUCCUCCGUUCCUUGACAGUGUACAGUCCAGAGGAAUGCGAAUGGUGGAUGUGAAACAGAGGAGCAUUUUUAAUUAUUGCCAUGAGGGUUUCUGCCAUACUUGUUUACUUUUUUGUGGAGAGGAGAGUGUGAAAAGCUCUUGACCCCUUUUAGAGUCACAGAGCCGGAGCUAUUUGUCACCGGCUGGCACUAGGCAGACGGCUCUAAAAGCCAAGGUGUCCUUCCACUGCAGCAGAGGGAGUCUGGAGCGAACGGCUUCGGCCGCAAAUAGCAGGAUCAGCUGAUAAUACACCCGGCCCGACCGCACCGCGCCGACACCGUCUCAUCUCUGUCUUGUAGGGGAAAUCUGAUGGUUAGGUUGGAGCUUGCACCCUGCAAUUUCCACAGCACAGUAAGUGUUAUACCCAAAGCCCUCCACAGCUGUUAGGCAGCACUUAUUAGAGUUGUCAGCAAAGCCUUCAUACACUUCGAUUUAUGGAUGUAACUGAAGUGCUCGGGGAGAAAGGGCCUGAGAGCCUGUAUUUAUUAAUCUGGGAAAUGUCUUUUACAUAAUUUGGAUGUUAUUUUAACAGCGUGAAUGAUGUUUGCGUGAGUGGUUCAUUUGUAGUCAUUUUUUAUUCAGUAAAUGACUGGCAUGUCAACACGUUUCACAAAGCAGGAAUUCUCAGUAGGGGCAGUAACUUAAGCUCAAAUUGAGGCUUGUCCAAUAGAAAUGUCCCUAUGUUAAACUCAAAAUAUUUGUUUUGUAUUUUAUAUUUUAAAACACUAAUAUAUAUUUAUAUAUUUAUACACUGCCUGGUCAAAAAAAAGUAUUCACCUUGAUUAAACUAAGUAAAUGGUGUGGGGUUGAUGCUGCAGUUGGUCUGCAGGUUUAGGUUCAGUAACAGUAUGUGCUGAAAGAAUGAGGUCAGCUGACUGAAUACCUGAAUAUACUGAAUAUAGACCAGGUUAUUCCAUUAAUGGAUUUUUCUUCCCUGAUGACACAAGUAUAUUCCAAGAUGACAAUAUCAGAAUUCAUGGGGCUGGAAUUGUGAAAGAGUGAUUCAGGGAGCAUGAGAUCAUCAUUUUCACACAUGGAUUGUUCUGUUCACCACAGAGUCCAGAUCUUAACCUCAUUGAGAAUCUUUGGGAUGUGCUGGAUGGAGAAGACUUUACUUUGAGCAGCGGUUGAUCAGACUCUACCAUCAUUAGAGCUCAAAGAUCUUGGUGAAAAAUUAAUGCAGCACUGGAUUGAAUAAAUCUUGUGACAUUGCAGAAGCUUAUCAAAACAAUGCCACAGUGAAUGCACCGUGCUGAAAUCAAAGCUAAAGAAGGUCCAACCAAAUCCCACGCGAUGUGGUAGUUAGCUCACUGGCAGGUAGUGGUGUUAUCCACUAUGCCACACCAGUCAGAGUUCAUACAUCCAACAUAAAAAAACAAACAAAAAAAAACACAGGUAAAAAACUGAAACUUCAAAACACCUGUCUUAUUUACUUCCUGUUUGUUCCCUGAAAGUCUUAUCUGAUUGGCUUAUUUUCUUGUGACGUCACAUGAAGACACUGGAGAAAUGAACAUUCAAAACGUUCAUAGAGUAAAACUAAUCUCUAUUUUUUCUAUUUCUAUUUCUUAAUUUUAGUGGAAAAAUAAAGUAAAAAAUGUUUAUAUGAUGUUACUCUCAAAACAAAACUCUAAAUUAUCUGAUAAUUAACUGUUGCAUUGCACUACUUUACACUAACAACUACAGUUGCUAAUGCUCUUAAAUGCUUAGUUUAUUUUGGUAUCGAUUUUGAUAAAAAUGGAAUUGAUGCAUCCCUAGUAAAUACAAUUAUCUAUGACUUUUUUUGCUUGUUUUGAUGUCAAAAAUGACAAAGUCAGGACAAAAAUGUUAAAAAAUCUGUAGUUUAUUAAAUGUACAUAUAGUACAUAUAGUACAACCACAAAUUUAGUAUUGAUUAAAUGUUUACAGGUCUUAACUUUGACUGUAAGGAAUGAUCAAUAUCAAAUUAAUCUAAUGUAUUAUAUUUAUAUCAGUAGUGAUCUGUCUAACUGAGAAAUCCUGCUUUGUAAAAUACCACCCGCCCCCCCCCUCCCCUCAGUACCUCUCUUAAUAUGUCCACAUCUGGUUUGGUCACUGCAGAUUAGCCCAGUCUAACCCUCACCUCCUCCACUAUAUAAUAAUUAGCCCUGCAUUCCUCCCCCUCUGCCCGCCCUGAGCUGCAGUGUGUCUGGGCUGCCACGAGGUGCCACCCUGCUAAUGUGAACAUGGGUGCGGUUAGGCAGAAUGGCGUGUAUGUGUGUGUGUGGCAGCUGAGCGUCAUGCUAAUCGCUAAUCGUGUUCGGAAAAGCGCCUGUUCUCGUCUGCCCCACACCACCCAUACACACCCGGCUUCCCACGCAGCCCACCGCUUUGAUCUCUCGCUCAUAGCAGGACAGUGUGUGAGGCGGGAGGGCUGAGUGGUGAAACAGUGAUGCACUGUAUGGACAAAAGUAUUGGGACAGAGAUUAAGAAGUUAUAAGAACGUCUAUCAAUACUUUAAAAAGCUUCCUGGAAGGUUAGCCUGUAACAUUACAGAAAUAAUGUUCCAGGAAUGUUCUGAGAACGUGUGACAAAAUAGUAGAUAAAUACUACUAGUGCAUUUUUAAAAAAAUUGAAUAUCAUUGAAACUUUAUUUCAAUAAUUCAGUUCAAAAUAUGAAACUCUCAGAGUGAUUUUAAGUGUUUAUUUCUUUUAUUGUUGAUGAUUAUGGAUUACAGCCAAUGAAAACCCAAAAAUCAGUGUCUCAGAAAAUAUAUAGAAUAUUAUAUAAGACGAACUGGUACUUGUUACAGUGUGGGCAGUGUGCCAAAUCAUGCUGGAAAAUGAAAUCGCAUCUUCAUAAAAGUAGUCAGCAGAGAAAACACUGCACAGAUUUUAGACUUGAUAAAACACAGUGGAUCAACACCAGCAGAUGACAGACAUGUCUCUCCAAACCAUCACUGAUUGGUGAAAACUUCACACUAGACCUCAAGCAGUUUGUGCUUGACUGUGGGUCUCUCCACUCUUCCUCCAGACUCUGCUCCUUUAAUUUCUAAAUGAAAUGUAAAAUUUAGUGAUGGUCCGUGAUGGUUUGGAGAGACAUGUCAUCUGCUGGUGUUGAUCCACUGUGUUCUAAAGUCAAGUCUAAAGUCAGUGCAGUGUUAGCUCUAGUAAAUGCUGCCUGACAGCACUACACUGAGGAACCCUGAGUGUUUCUGAUAAGUUGGGGUGCUAUUAGCUAGUGGCUAAUGCUAAUACUGCUCCAGCCUUAGUGCUGGAGAAACUUUACUGAAACUCCUUUAUAAAGCGGAGUGGCUUUACUGCUCCUUACAUCCUGACUGGUAGAAUUUAUACAGAAGGUGCACCGGAUUAUAAGGCAUACUGUCAAUAUUUGGGGAAAUUAAAGGAUUUGAAGUGCACUUUAUAUUUACAUUUUAUUGGAUGUAUCGUUACAUCCUUGCUUUGUAAGAAAGCACGUACAAUCCAAAAGUCGUAAGCUGCAAGCCCGAGACUUUUCAUGCCCCUCUACAGUGUUUACUUCAGCCUCGCUUUUCCAACAAAGCAUGACAGCCAGCCAAACUGCGAGAGGCAAACAGCUCCGUGGGUGUUUUUCAUUGUAGGGAAUAGCCUUCUUGACGAAAACGUCGAUGGUGUGUGACAAGCUGCUUCAGGGACUUGGCAGGGGUACAGCGAGGGCAGGAGUUUAGCGCCGCCGCUGCUGCUGCUGCUGCUGCUGCUGCUGCUGUGGAGGAAAGAGGACUAGGAGGGCGUAGUUUCUUCUUUUCUGGGUUUUUUCUGGGUUUUUUUUACUCUCCUCUUUUUGAACUUCUUCCUGUCAUCCUUCUCUGAGUUGGGCGCUCACUCUGUCUGCUCUGCUCUGCCGUUUCCUCUCCUUCAUCCAUCCGUCGGAGAGGGAGGUCACGGCUUGGCCUGUGGGGGAGCCUCUGGAGGGACCUCCACUGAGCAAGUGUUGAAAGAUCACAGCAAAAAAAAAAAAAAAAAACGCCAUCAGAGGAGGCUUCCAUUCUGCUCCGGUCCCUCCACGAGGAAAGAGGCAGAAGAUGAAGACGAAGACGAAGAAAAGUCCCUCCUGGCUCCUCUGCUUUUGGUACGAGCACAUCUGUCAUAUGGAAAGCCCAUUGAUUUGUUUGAGAGCAUUUCCUUACAAAGACAACAUGCUCCCCAUUGACCAACACACUGAUGGCACUGAUGUGAUCCCCAUUAUAUAGAAAAAAAAACACACACACAGAAGAAAAAGAAGAAGAAGAGCCACUCUUGAAGAACAUUUUUGUUUUGAAACUGUUGAAAACUGCUAAAAAAAAAGGACUUCUUUUGUAAGCCUGAAUGUGUCUGUGCUGUUUCUGCAACUUUCUUUUAAUUGUUCAUUGUUGGAUUUAAUGUGUGGUUUCUGCAUCCCAAAAAAAGGGAAAAAACCCAAAAUACAAAAAAGGAAAAUAAUUCUGAUGUUUUCUAAAGGUGUGAACGCUCCGUUUGCAAGCAAACCAAAGUGGAACUUUUUAACAACACAAAAACAGAUAAAGUAAAGACCAAUAUCGAUGUAGAAGAAUGUAACAUUUCCAUCAAAGGCGAAAGGGAAAACCGGCACUUUACCGAUUUUUAAAACUAUUUAUUUGAAUUUUAUUGAGUUUUUAAACCGUGUAAAGAUUCUUAUUGUACAUUCUAUAAAUAUGAAUAUAUAUAUAUGCUUGUAAAUGGUCAGAUGUUUAUGAUGUAUAGUUGCGUAUGCGUGUCAUUUCUUCUUGAAGAUGUUUGAGCCUGCAGUGUUGCCUGUUCCAUCAUCAUUAAGCUUCCAGCAGUUGGACGAGAGGGGAGUGAAUGCAGGUGAAGGCACAGAACAGAUGAUCAGCGCUGAAAUACUUCAAAUAAAUGCACCAGAUGUAAUGUCUAUUUCUUUUGGAAAGAAAAAACAAUCUGAAGAUUAUUAAAUAUUUUUUAUCAUC